AUGAUGAAUCCAGCGAAUGAUCUUCAAAGUCUAGAAUCGGCUUGCCACCUCCCUCGCCUGCUUAGCGAGAGCCUCAUCACGCUCGCGCCCGAGCAGGCGGACGUGGCUGUUGCAGACAAUCAUCCGACCUCUUCAAUCGAGAUCACAUGGAAAAACACGAAAGAUUUCACGCAGGCUGCUCAUGUGCUGAUUCGCCUCAUUGGCUGGGCCGCAGAUGCUACAACCAAUAGCUCCACUGGCAAGCUGGUCUUCUGCCAUUUCAUGAUGGGCAUUGUCGCAGGCCGCAAGAGCUCGGCCGACUACGACGCGGAUAUGCAGCAAGCAAAAGAUCUGGGCAUCGAUGCUUUCGCUCUCAAUAUCGGAACAGACGAGUUCACAGGAACUCAGCUUGGCUACGCGUAUGAAAGCGCGGCCAAGAAUGAUAUGAAACUCUUCAUAUCUUUCGACUUCAACUGGUUUUCCCCAGCCAACGAUGCUGCCAAAGUGGGGCAGAUGAUCGCGACUUACAGCAAACAGCCGGCUCAGCUGAAAGUGGACGGCAAGGUCUUCGCAUCGUCAUUUGCCGGCGAUGGUCUCGACGUUUCUGCUGUCAAGAGCGCCGCUGGUGUCGAUGUCUUUUUCGCACCGAACUUCACUCCAGGCGGGACCCCGGAUGCCGCAAAAAUCGAGGGUGCUCUCAACUGGAUAGCCUGGCCGAACAAUGGUAAUAACAAGGCGCCUACACCCAAUGUGCGAGUUUCGGUGGCGGAUGGAGAUAACAAUUACCACAACUGGCUGGCUGGACUGAAACCUUACAUUGCUCCUAUUUCUCCAUGGUUCUCUACUCAUUACGGAUCUGAAGUUUCGUACAGCAAAAACUUUGUGUUCCCUUCGGACCUCCUGUGGUACGACCGCUGGAAGGAGGUCCUGAAUAGCAGUCCUCCUUUCGUGGAAAUUAUCACUUGGAACGACUAUGGGGAGUCUCACUAUAUUGGUCCCUUAUCUUCAAAUCACGAAGAUGAUGGGGCUUCAAAAUGGGUCAAUGAUAUGCCCCAUGACGGAUGGCGGGACUUGGCCAAGCCUUUCAUUGCCGCAUACAAGGCAGGGUCAAAGUCAGUCAAUGAGUAUAUCAAGGAAGACAAGAUCGUAUACUGGUAUCGCCCGAGCCCUAGGACUGUGAACUGCGACUCAACAGAUAACACCAUGAAAGCUGGAAACAACGCCAGCGGAAACUACUUCAACGGCAAGCCCAAUGGCUGGGAAGACAUGCAGGACUCAGUUUUUGUCGUCAGCCUGCUGAAAUCCGCCGGAUCCAUCGAGGUGACUUCUGGGACCAACACCAAGACGUUCAACGCCCCGGCCGGGGCCAGCUCUUUUACAGUAGACAUGGGAACCGGGCAGCAGAAAUUCUCCUUGACUCGGGAUUCGAAGCAAGUCUUGAGUGGAACUUCUCGUAAGGAUAUCAUUGAGACCUGCCCCUGUGGGCUCUACAACUUCAACGCUUAUGUCGGGACCUUGCCAGAGGGUAAAUCGGAUCCCUUGGAUGCAGCCGGACUUGCCUCAUUCACUGUCGGCUUGUCCGUCAAGACCUGCUCCGCCGCGCCAUCUUUGGGCUCGGGAUCUGCUGUUCCAGCUACAACCACACCAACAGGGAGUGGUGCUGCCCCAAUUGGUAGCGGAAAACCGACCGGCGCAAGCGGAGGGGGCGCAUCGACGCUCACCGCGACGACGAUGGAGACGACUCCAACAAGCGAACCUCAACCCAGCCCCAGCGGCAAACCAAGUGGUAGCAGCAGCAGCCCUGGUUCAGCACCAGCCUCGGCGUCGCGGACUGGAUCGGCUUCGCGGACUGGGUCAGCUUCGCAGACUGGAUCAGCUUCGCGGACUGGAUCCGCGGCUGUUCCAAGCUCGACCGGUGGAGGUCAGAGCUGUAAUGGUGGUACCAGUGCCCCCGACCAGUCUACCAACCUCGCAGGUCUCUGUUCAUUCUCCUGCAGCAGAGGCUACUGCCCUUCAGACGUGUGUCAAUGCACUUGUGUGCUUGAGGGCACCAUGACCGGAGCAACUCAGCUAACCCUCAUGGCACCCCAUCAUCUUCAAAUACGUAUCGAUUCAAAGUCUAUUCAGCUAGGCGACGAGUUACCUUGCGGCCUCGUCAAUGAGCAGCUGCGCCGCGGCACAGUGGCUAAUCACCAAACCGGAACCCCCAACCUCACCAUCAACAUUACAGCUGAGAAGCAAAGUGACAUUGCUGAGAGAUUUCCCAUGGCAGCCAAGCAGCGAUUGAGAGGCCAAGCACGGGCCGAGUCGGGCCGCGUGACUAACGACAGACGAGAUGAAGACCUCAAAAUGCUCGACCCCUGA